UGUUGGUAUAAUGUCUAUGAGACUAUGUGAUAAAUUGUCCAAUAAUUGGCGACCGCGAUGAGCUCAUACACUUGGUAAAUUACUCAGACAUUUUUUUUUAUAAAGAAUUUUAGUUUUACAAUUAAAUAAGACAAACCAUCGAAAUUAUUAAAAAAAUAGUUUUAUAUAUUUUUGUAUAAUAAAUAACCGUUGUAGUUUGUGCGUUUGAGAUUGAUUUUGCUGUAAAAAUCGGAAUAGAGCCAACGCCUAGUUUUUUUUUUUUUGAUAAGCAUAACAUUCCGACGUAAUGGCAGCAAUCCGUAAGAAACUUGUCAUCGUCGGCGAUGGUGCCUGCGGUAAAACUUGCCUGUUGAUUGUGUUUUCCAAAGACCAAUUCCCCGAAGUUUAUGUGCCAACUGUUUUUGAAAAUUAUGUGGCAGAUAUUGAAGUGGACGGUAAACAAGUCGAACUGGCGUUGUGGGAUACCGCAGGACAAGAAGAUUAUGACAGACUACGACCGCUGUCAUAUCCAGACACAGACGUUAUUCUUAUGUGUUUUUCAAUAGAUUCACCAGACUCUUUAGAAAACAUCCCUGAGAAAUGGACGCCAGAGGUUAAACAUUUUUGUCCCAACGUACCUAUAAUAUUGGUGGGCAACAAAAAAGACUUGCGUAACGAUCCAAAUACAAUUCGUGAGUUGAACAAAAUGAAACAAGAGCCAGUAAGACCAGAAGAGGGGCGGGCGAUGGCUGAAAAGAUCAAUGCGUUUGCAUAUUUAGAAUGUUCAGCCAAAAGCAAAGAAGGUGUUCGUGAAGUAUUUGAAACGUCUACUAGAGCAGCAUUGCAAGUCGAACUGGCGUUGUGGGAUACCGCAGGACAAGAAGAUUAUGACAGACUACGACCGCUGUCAUAUCCAGACACAGACGUUAUUCUUAUGUGUUUUUCAAUAGAUUCACCAGACUCUUUAGAAAACAUCCCUGAGAAAUGGACGCCAGAGGUUAAACAUUUUUGUCCCAACGUACCUAUAAUAUUGGUGGGCAACAAAAAAGACUUGCGUAACGAUCCAAAUACAAUUCGUGAGUUGAACAAAAUGAAACAAGAGCCAGUAAGACCAGAAGAAGGGCGGGCGAUGGCUGAAAAGAUCAAUGCGUUUGCAUAUUUAGAAUGUUCGGCUAAAAGCAAAGAAGGUGUUCGUGAAGUAUUUGAAACGUCUACUAGAGCUGCUUUGCAGGUUAAAAAGAAGAAGAAAGGUCGUUGUCGUUUGUUUUAAUCGCUCUAUAUAAAAAAAAAAAAUAAUAAGUAAAUUAAAAAAAAAAGAUGCGAUGUCAUAACUUUAAUUAUUACAUAGCAGUCUUCUGGGUAUUUAAAAAAAAAAAAAAAUUUCAGUAAUCUUUAAGAUUUUGGCAUUCUAAGACUACAUUUUAUUAGCUGAAGAUUGCAAUAGUAUUGUCAGUAUUUGACAGUAUAUUGUGAUUGUUUUUUUUACUUUUUUAAAUUCUUUUAAUAUUUAGUUGUAAAAUUUUACUUUUAGAUUUUUCUUUUACGGCCCAUGACUUUGUUAAACACGGACAGUUACUUUAUUAUUAACACCAAAAUAAAAAUAAAGUAGAUACUUUAAUCACCCAAACGCCCAAAUCUAAAUUUUGAAGAUGCUUGUAAACCUAAAACUUAAACAUGUUUGUCGAGUGUAUGUUAGGUUGUCAAAAUUCGCUCUGAGAUUUUAUUUUAUCUCUUCAACAUGGUAUUUUUUUAAAGAAUAAAUCUGUUCUGUUGGUAAAUUAACUUUUUAAUAAGUAUUGUUAGAUUUGGUUACCUGUUUUUUAAUUUUCGUUAUAAUUUUCUGUACAAUUUAUUGACAUCCAAAACAGUGGUUUCUACAUAAAUGUUAAUGGCACUUGAGUUGUUUUCAUGGAAUACUUAGAGCAUUAAAAGUAUUCAUCUGUCAUCUAAAUAUAGUGGUGUUAUAAUAAAAAACAUGUCAUGUCAAACAUAUUUAUUUAGAUUUUACAAAUUAAUAUUGUAAAAUAUUUUAUUUGAUAUUAUUUUUUCUAUUGUUAAAAUGAACAGCAAAAUGCAUCGUAAUAAAAGUAAAUAAAAUAAUUACUUUAUUCAGUGAAUAAAAAUAAGUAUAAAAUGCAGGUAUUUAUUUGUUUAAAAUUGUAUGAGGGUUUAAACGGUGCAUUAGUUAUCGGAGAACAAAAUAUGAUUUAUUAAACGUUCAUUUUAUUUUAGUAUAUAAUAUAAAGUAAAAUAUCUGACGUCAAAUAAUUACAAGUAUAAUUUAUUUAUUUAUUGGUUGAUAAAUUAAUAAAAAAUGGUAAAUACUAUUGUUAAAAAAAAAAAAAAAUUAUUAGCACAUAAAUAUUUUAUGUUUUUCAUUGUGUUGGUCGAAUAGAAGAAAUAUAUUUUGUAUUAUUUAUGUAUCUUUAAUUUUAAGCUUAACAUCUGCAUUAUAGCUAUUGCAAUGCUUGAUGGGUUAAAUUAGCGACCUACUCCAAAAUGUUGUUUUUAUAAUAUUUAUUUUUUUACAGUUAUUACUUAAUAUUAAAAUUAUAUAUAUUAUAUUUAUGUAUAACGUUAUUAUAAUAUAUUCAAGAUAAUAUAAAGAAAA